UGGCUGAACGAAUCAGACGUAACUCAUUUCCGGGUUGUAGGGUAAUGGCUAGAAAGGAUCCAGCUUUUGUCAGAAUUGACUUUUCGAAAGCAGGUUUAGGAUAAUUUACGCAACAGGUUAGGAGAAUAAACGUGACAGGCUAUGGGAAUUGGGUUAAGAUUAGGAAAAGAGUUAGGGUUAGCUGAAAUGCAAAAAACUAUCUGCCUUUGACCUAAAUUGGACAAAAACUGGAUCCCAUCUAGACAAGACCGAAAAUAAAAUAUUCGGCAAGUCAUUUUAUCUCAUCUGGAAGUGACUAUGUCCUGCGACAACCGGCAAGGAGACCAGUUGGACUUGAAGGAGAGAAUAUAUACCUUUUUAAAGGUGAAGAAACAAGGAUUCUCUGCCCUCCAGAUAGCUAAGGCUGUUGGACUAAUGAAGGCCAAGGACGUAAACAGUGUCCUGUACACUUUAAACAAAGCUGAACUUCUUUAUGCAACACCAGACAAACCACCAGUCUGGUCUGUGGAGAAACCAGGGGCGGCGUCAGUCUCUGUGAGUGUUCCAGAGUCGGAUCGAGUGCCUAGUCCUUCUGAGACCCCUGGCAUCACAGUGGAGGAACUGAGGAGGGUGCUGAUGUCAAAGAGGGAUGGAAGAGGGAUGAGUGCGCCACAAAUUGCCAGAGAAUUGGGCCAAUCACAAAAAUUAGUGACUAUGUCCUGCGACAACCAGCAAGGAGACCAGUCGGCCUUGAAGGAGAGAAUAUAUACCUUUUUAAAGGUGAAGAAACAAGGAUUCUCUGCCCUCCAGAUAGCUAAGGCUGUUGGACUGAAGAAGGCCAAGGAUGUAAACAGUGUCCUGUACACUUUAAACAGAGCUGGACUUCUUCAUGCAACACCAGACAAACCACCAGUCUGGUCUGUGGAGAAACCAGGGGCGGCGUCAGUCUCUGUGAGUGUUCCAGAGUCAGAUCGGGUGCCUAGUCCUUCUGAGACCCCUGGCAUCACAGAGGAAGAACUGAGGAGGGUGCUGACGUCAAAGAGUGAUGGAAGAGGGAUGAGUGUGCAAGAAAUUGCCAGAGAAUUGGGCCAAUCACGAAAAUGUGUGAAUAAGAAUCUGUAUGACCUGCAAAGUAGCGGCAAGGCAGAAAAAUUGGGAGAGAAAAUGUGGAAAAUGAAGGAUGAAGCAAGCUGUGGAGGAGAGCUUAUUGAAUACCACAGUUCCAGUUAUGAUCAAGAUAUUUCCAUCAGACUGACUGAAAGCUCCAGGUUUUCCAAAGAUUUCAAAUUAUUGAGUGUUCUGGGUGCAGGAGGCUUUGGGUGUGUCACUAAAGCCCAACACAAAUUGGAUGGAAAAACGUACGCUGUGAAGAUUGUGCAGAAUAUGGGAGAAGCAAAUCGUGAAGUGAAAGCACUGGCUACCUUGGCCCAUUCUAACAUUGUACGCUACUAUACGACUUGGCCUGAGGAUGCCAAUUGGGUCGAUGGGGGCUACAGCACAGAGUCGUCGGUCCAGUCUAAAAUCUCAGAAGACUCUGACAAUUAUUCAGACCAGGGAGAUGGAUCUACACAUGUAACAAAGCAAUCAGAUUUAGACCUUUCUGAAGCAGCCAGCGAAGACCAAGCAAACCACUCGAUGACCGAUUCCAGCUCAAGAAACGGAGACUUGCCUUGUUUGUUCAUUCAGAUGGAGUUCUGUGAGGGAGGGACGCUGAAGGACUGGAUUAGCAUAAAUAAUGUUCGAACGAAGGACAAGGCACAUGGAAUAUUUCAGCAAAUAGUUUGUGGAGUGGAAUACAUCCACUCUGAAGGACUUAUUCACAGAGACUUAAAGCCAGAGAACAUAUUGUUUGGAAGUGAUGGCAUGGUGAAGAUCGGAGACUUUGGUCUUGUGACCGCGAUCACCAAUCUGAGUGGAGCAUCAAUGUACAGGACUGUCAACAAAGGAACACCAUUUUACAUGAGCCCUGAGCAGAAGACUGGGGGGAAAUAUGAUGAGAAAACAGAUAUAUUCUCUCUGGGACUGAUAUGGUUUGAACUCCUGUGGCACAUGUCCACUGUCUCGGAGAAGAUCAAGUUUUGCCCCAUGUUAUCACAGGUGUUCCAGAGCCUGCAGACAGGGACAUUUCCUUCUGACUUCCGUGAGAAGUUUAGCUUCGAGCAUAAACUCAUCAGUAAAAUGCUGUCAGAGUCGCCAGCAAACCGACAAAACGCAAAAGAGAUUGCUGCGAUCCUGAAAAGAAACCUGCUCGGAAACCAAACUGGAUUACAACAGAAAACUGUAUGAAAUGUUGCAGGGUAGUGGCUUGAAAUGUUUUGGGGAAAACAGUGAUGUCAGCAUAGAACACCUGCAUUGCUUGCUGUUUGGGGUUUUAGGCUGGGUUUCUGUACAGCACUUUGAGAUAUCAGCUGAUGUAAGAAGGACUAUAUAAAUACAUUUGAUUUGAUAGAAGACACGUUCUCUUCAAGACGGAGCGCAUAGUGAUGAUGUCAUGCCUCAACUGAAGCAGUGAACUGGGAGGGGGAUCAGUAUCAGUACAGUAUCCUACUGUAUUUCUCAGGAACAUUUUGGCACUUAUCUUUUCACUUUUGUUUCUGCUGUACGGUUUCUUUUUAAAAGUUGAUUACACGGAAUAGAGGGUAAAUAUUAAUAUUAUGUGUAGGAAAAAUGUUUGUGUCCACCACAUAUUUCUAAUGCAGAACCCAAGGUGUUCUUAUUAUAGGUUUCUAACCAGGUAAGACCCAUUUUUAAGUAACAAAAACUAUUUUUAAGGGCGACCUGGCAAGAAGUCAAAACAGGGAAAUAGCAGCGUGUCCAUAAAACAUUACAGAAAAAUACAGAAUACACACCAAAGACAAUUUCACAAGUUAAUUAAAGAUUCAAUUGAAGAUCAGAAACAACUGCAGUUGUCACAAACGGUGUUGUCGAUCAGAGUCUUAAAAACAGACAAGGACACUAACUCCCCUAACUUUACAAUCUUCUGAAGCAUGUUCCAGGAUGAAGGGGAAUUGUGGGGACAAUUAUUGUUUCCCCAUCUCAGUUUUAGCCCUAGGAACAGACAAGGACAGCAGAGACUGUGAACGAAGACUGUAUUGGUUAGUAAGGAACAGACAAGGACAGCAGAGACUGUGAACGAAGACUGUAUUGGUUAGUAAGGAACAGACAAGGACAGCAGAGACUGUGAACGAAGACUGUAUUGGUUAGUAAGGAACAGACAAGGACAGCAGCGACUGUGAACAAAGACUCUAUUGAGCGACUGAUCUGGUUAGUAAUCACAACAUGUACGGAGUUGAAAUUAUGUCAAUUUUAUUGUGAUCAUUUCUACUUUUUUUUUUUUUACUUUCUAAUAAUAACAAGGGCAGAAUUGACAGAAUCAUGGAGUUUAUUUAAAAGUAAAUGAAAACAUUGAAUGUUCUUACAGGGAGAUGGGCACUCAUGGUUUCUUCCAAAUGUGGCAAGUCUCCACAACUACGCAACUUGUGCUUUUUUUUUGUUGUUUUUAAUUAACGUGAUUUUGAAUUAAAUGUUACAGACGCAUACUGUAUAAACAGCUUAUGAAAUAAAUGUCCAACGCCAAUAUUGUUAUUUUCUGUAUACUAUUAAGACCAUAAAGCCUGUACCUCGAUGUCUAGAAGAGAUGUAUAGUUUGUAACACAUGGGGGCAGUCUCGGUCUAGUUGUUGUAUGGCAGUCACAGUGUUUUCAGAAAGUAUUCAUACCCCUUGACAUAUAGCAUAUUCUGUGACGUUACAGCCUGCAUUCAAAAUGGAUUAAAUAUAUUUUUUUAUCUACACACAAUACCCCAUAAUGACAAAGUGAAAACAUGUUUCUAGAAAUGUUUGCUAAUAAAUUGAAAAUGAAAUAUCUAAUUGACAUAAGAAGUCACAGCCCUGAGUCAAUAGAUUUUAGAAGCACCUUGGGCAACGAUUACAGCUGUGAGUCUUAGAGCUUCUAAUUGAUCAGACGUAUGUAGCGUUUACCGUGAAUUCAGUCUCCGCGAUACGGAUGACUCGAGCUUUUAGCAGUCCCUUCAAGAUUUUGCGGGGAUUGUUGGUGAUAUUUGUGGGAAAAUGAUUGAUUUUGCGGCGGGAAUUCUGACAUUUUGCAUGGCGGUAUGCAAUGAUUUUGUCACAAAUGCGCUGACGAGGGGAAAGUUGUUGACGUGUGGCUUGAUUCAACCAGAUAACGUGAUACAUGCGGUGAUUGGUUGACAUUGUGAGCCCAGGUUUUUUGUACUGCGGUGAUGGGUCUGUUUUAUGCAAUAAUAAUGCGAUGAUUUAACUGUUUUGUGCAAAAAAAAAAGUGGGUGAUUGGUCAAAUAUGCAUGUCCUUGCAUAAUAUGCAGGAAAUUGUUGAUUUACUCCUCUCAAACUUGGUGUUAAUUUAAUAAAGCUUUGGUGAUUUUAA